GGAGUUUCUUCAAAAGAAAAGUCUCGUCGACACUUUAAGAAAUGUUUCUUUCGGAGUCUGAGGAUGAAUUAGAAGAGCUCCGCUCAGAUUUAGACUCCGAGAGCGAGUCCAGCCAUUGCAGUCUGGACGAGGAUUAUAUUCCGAGGGGGCUGGCCCGAGAUCAGGAAGACUUCACUGAUGAUCACAGUUCAGAUGAGGAGUGGGGUAUUCAGCCCACAAAGAGAAGGGCUUCCAGGAAGCGCCCCCGCUCGGUCACGGCCUCUCCGGUGUCAUCGCCCCUGAAAUCCCCAUCUAAGAAGUGGGGGAGUCCCCUCAGAAAGAAGAUCCAUAAUGCAUCUACCCCCAAAAAAGACACCCCCUCCCCCAAUACCAGCAAGAGAUUAUCCACUCCCCGCGGGAAAAGUAUAAGUGUAAAGAGGCAAGCAGAAAGACGGUUGGUGAGAAAGGGAGAAGACGAAGCCGAUGGAGACCGGUGGUGUGACAUCGAUGAGGAAGAUGUGGAGCCUCCUCAACCACGGUUCAGACCCGACAGGGAAGUAGGACCGCAGCUGAACAGAACCGCCAAUUACACGCCACUCGAACUGUUCCAGCUGUUCUUCUCUGUGACAGUAAUCAAUACGCUGGUAAAAAACACCAAUGCCUAUGGGAAAAAGAAAUACCAAGGCCAUAAGGAAAGCUGGGUGCCUGUCACAGCGGCAGACAUGUACUCCUUCGUCUGCCUUGUCCUCUACAUGGGUAUUGCACCGCUGAAAACUCUUAAAGAUUUCUGGAGGGGAUCUAAGCUGUUCAGUCUGCCAUUUCCUGCCUCCGUCAUGCCCUGCAGACGCUUCCUAACCAUCUCCCGCAGUCUACACAUGAAUGAUCCUGCAGUUGAAGCGGCCAAUGAUCAGAAAAAGGGGACAUCGGGGUACGACAGACUUUGCAAAAUAAAGCCGCUAUAUGGGCAGAUUUUGGAGGCCAGCUACACUUUCUUUCAUCCCCACCAGCACAUCUCCAUAGAUGAACGGAUGGUGGCGAGUAAAGCAAGGAUCGGGUUCAAGCAGUACAUUAAGAGCAAGCCUACUAAAUGGGGCUUUAAGCUUUUCGUUUUAGCGGACUCGUCCUGUGGCUACACCCUGAACUUUUUUGUGUAUGUGGGAAGAGAAGGUGAACCCACAGGGAAGGGGGUAAGCUACGACGCUGUCAUGAGACUGCUGGACAUCCCCUUUCUAGGCAAAGGAUACAAGCUAUAUGUGGACAACUUUUACACUAGUCCAACUCUAUUCCUCGACCUCCUUCAGAGAAAAAUCUGGGCAUGCGGCACCGUUCGCUCUAACAAGGCUGGUUAUCCCAAAACGAAAAGGAACGACAUGCCUGUGAAAACACCAAGGGGGACUAUCCGGUGGAUCAGAAAAGGAGGGUUACUGUUUGUGAAGUGGUUAGACACGCGGGGCGUAACAAUGUGCUCCACUUUACACAAAGCGUACAGCAAUGACAUGGUGAAGCGCAAAGUGAAAGAUGCAGAUGGACAGUGGACAGUGAAGGAGGUGCCUGUCCCAGGCUGCAUCAAAGAUUACAACCAGCACAUGGGGGGUGUCGACUUGUCAGAUGCACUCAUUAGCUACUACAACGUCCUCCAUAAAACCCAGAAAUGGUACAAGACUCUGUUUUAUCAUUUUGUGGACAUAGCCACCGUGAACGCCUUCAUCCUCCACAAAGGAAUGUGCAAGCUGCAGAAUCGGCCUGUGUUAACGCAGAAAAACUUCAGGGAGCAACUGAUUUUGUCCCUGGCGGAGAUCGGGUCCACUCCACGCCGGUCAGCUCCGCAAAACUUUAUGUUGCCCGCUUCGCCUUUCAAAGUGCCUCCUGCUUCUCCAUUCAAAGUGCCACCUGCCUCCCCAUCCGGUGUCUCGGCCACCUCACCUCCUUCUCCGUCCGCUGAGAUGCUGCCUGCGACAGCCACCGAUGCUCCAGGUGUAGGUCACCUGCCAGCCUACUUUGUGGAACAAAUGACCAACGUGGCUCCCAGAGAUCGGGCCACUGCCGGCAGAAGGGCAUGUGUGGUCUGCAAAAGAAAGUCGCCCGUCUACUGCAGCACUUGUCAGAAAACACUUUGUUUCACCUCUUUCAGGAACUGUUAUAGCGAGUGGCAUAGAGGCAAUAAGGUGUGUUUCUAAGUGACUCCACUUACUUGUAUAUAAUCUAUGGCCUUUAAUAGGCAGAGUUAACAAAUCUGUCAAUAAGCUGGUGAUUCCCCCUUCAUAAACAUAGGCCUUUAAUCACCACAAGUGAACAAAUUUCAACUGCCAAAGUCUACUAGAACUAUGUUGUCAACGCAUUCCUCAUGAUUACACGGAGUGCUUAAGAAUCCUGUGUGGCCUUUAAACGAAUCCUGCGCAGUCCUCACUCCACUCUAACACUUCCAGUAAACUUCACAGAGAACAAUGAGGGCAAAACGACCUCAGCGAUCUGUUUCAACUGAAUAUUUUCUGGUCCAGAUCAGCUAAAAACACAACACCGAACCUGUUAAAGCGUCAUUCAUUACCAAACCGUUUGCACUGUAACGUUAACCGUUAGGCUACCGACAACGUUAUCUUUGCUUCACCUGUUCAACUGACUUUAGCAGUUCAGAUAAGACACUCAAGUGUCCUGCUGUCCAUUUAGGCCUAAAACGCCCUUUUUUUGCCUAAGUACCUUUCUGUAACCCCCUCCCAAAACCUAAGGGUUUCCAGAAAUAUUUGUCAAAAUUUGUUAAAGCCUACUAAAAUCUUAAUUUCUCAGGCUCUAUAGCAGAUAAAAACAUGGAAUAUGGAAUAUAAAUGAAUUUGGCUUUCAACUUUACUGACUUGCUUGGCCAUAUUCUUCAAAUGCAUUUAAAAAAAAAUCUAUAAACAACAAAAAUAUCAAGAAUAUUUUGAA